CUUGAAAGCCAGCGCCCAAGCUCGCUUUUUACGCUUAAGACGACGGCCAUCACCGAGCUUCCGAGACUCGGCCUCGACCCGCGCUGCUUCUGCCCACGAAUGGGAUAGCCCUCUACGCCACUAAGACGACGACUACGAUGAGCGCCCCGACGAACAAGCCCUCCCACGUCCAGUACGACCAGCUGUCGUUCUUAAUCCUCGACGCCCCCAACGACUCGAACCUGCCCUUGUACCUCAAGGAGUUCAAAAAGUACCAGGUCACCGACAUUGUGCGCGCCUGCGAACCGACAUACUCGGAUGCGACCGUCGAGGCCGCGGGCUUCCGUGUGCACGAGAUGGAGUUCCCGGACGGCGAGCCGCCGAGCCAAGAGAUCAUCCAAAAGUGGCUCGUGCUUGUCGAGCAGACGAUGAAAGACAAUGCUACGAAUAACGCGGGGACGCAUCAGUCUGACAAGACUGUAGCCGUGCACUGUGUUGCAGGUCUGGGCCGUGCUCCUGUCCUUGUCGCGAUCGCACUCAUGGAACACGGCCUCGACGUCAUCACAGCCGUCGAGCACAUUCGCAAGGCGCGCCGCGGCGCGAUCAACCUGCGCCAACUCAAGUACUUGGAAAAGUACACUCCCACUCGCAAGAAGGACAAGUGCUCGAUCAUGUAGGGGCCACCACACAACAAACGAUAGACACCUAGUAAAACCGGCGAAUACAUCUUGCAUUGUCAAUGUGGACA